UUAAAACCCACGGCAACCAUUUCAUGCCAAGUCUUCAUUCCUGCCACUCAGUCGCAGAAUAUUUCUCGAGGUUUGCUGCCUUUUUUUGCUGCAUACAAACACAAUCACAAGCUAGAGAUCUGCCAGUCCAUUCUUUCAAAUCGACUGCAUCUUUGAGAAGCCUUGGCUCCUUACCUAUCACCUUAUUGACUUCGAAGACACACGAGCCUUGGAUUGAUUGAGGCGUUUUCAGCACGGCACCGUACCCGUUCUGCACAGCCUGCCGCCUUCCCGAGUCCCAUCUUAUCGGACCAGGACACGCAAGUCAGCAUCCCGGCGUCAUCCAAGUCGUGGCCUACGGAUACCGCCGCAGCCACAGCCGCAUUCGCACCUUUUUCUCCAUCUCACCCGUCCUCUCACCCUCGCCCUCGCCGCCAUCGCCCCCCCUAGAAUCUGGCUACGGAGUACGGGACCACGGUACCUCUAUCUUGCCAGGGACAGGGACAGAAAAAGGUGCACUCGCCCAAUCGAGACCCCUGGAAAGGAGAGAGGGAAAAUUCAGAACAAAAAAGGAAAAGGGUCCCUUUGCUCUUCCACACCCAAUUAUUUCCAAUUCUUGUCCUUUCAAGUCUUGAACAGACAAGUCAACCACAACAACCAACGCCUACUUACCAUCUACCUGGGAGAGUAGAGCUUCAACGUUGACGUAUCCGUACGUUCGUUUUCGCAAUUCCUUGGCACCUCUUAGAUCGAUCGCCGGAACUCUAUCCAGCUCCUCCCCGACUAUCGACGGCCCCAUCUUCGAGGUAUGUUCCUCGUCUGCCAUUACGUCCCCGGGACCCACGCCUCUCUAUUCGCUACCCAGCUCAUCCCUUCACCACCAAAACCUUGACAGGCUUCCUCUCCUUUUCCAUCCAGCCCAGACUUUCCAGACUUCAUUUACCUGCCAGCCCUACCCGCUUACUGUCACCUAUCCUCAGCAUUGCGCCUCAACCUGCUGCCUCUUGCUCCAUUCACCUAAUCAGUCCCAAACUGACAUGAUCUUUCUUGGUUUCGCAGGAAUCACUCCGCCAUAGGCAGAACCUUGAAGCUUCCUACGACUCUCUUCCUCCUUAAACCCCUAAUCCGGCGCCUCCAACUUUUUUUUCUCAGGAACCACGUCGCAUCCGACUCUAUCUACGACAGUCACUCUUUCCCAACCCUACAACCCGAUUGUACGAGUCUUUGGCAAAGCGGAACUUUGCCCUCCGAUGACUUCAUAGUCUACCAAUUGCAAUCAUUUCAAACCGCCACUCUUUACACAUACAUCCACAAUGCUCACACCUCGGAGAGCCGUCGCGGUCGCCGCGUUCCUCUUAAUCGUUUUCUACCUAAUUUCCUCCUCCCACGACACAACACCUGCCGUAAAGGCACCUGUCGCUGCCUCCAACCAUGAUACGACAGAGUCGAAAAAGUCCUCAUAUACCCCGGCCUCCGCCGACAGCGAGAUUAAGCCCUCUGCUCCCAAGGUUGCGACGCAAAAGCCCAUGAUGGACAUGUCCAAGAUGUCCUUGUACGACAAGCUGGCAUACCAAUACCCCUAUGACCCCGAAACGCGUUUCCCGGCCUACAUUUGGCAGACAUGGAAGUGGACACCUGCUGAGCAACAAUUCAACUUCCGCGAGCAGGAAGCCAGUUGGUCAGAACAGCACCCUGGCUUCGUGCACGAGGUCAUCACCGACAAGGUCGCAGUCAACCUGCUGCGCCUCCUAUACGCGUCCGUCCCCGAGGUCCUCAAGGCUUACGACGCUCUUCCUCUGCCCGUCCUGAAGGCCGACUUCUUCCGAUACCUGAUCCUGCUUGCGCGCGGCGGCAUCUACUCCGACAUUGAUACCUACGCCAUCAAAUCUGCCCUUGAGUGGAUUCCCGAGCGCAUUCCCCGGGAGAGCGUCGGUCUCGUUAUUGGCAUUGAGGCCGAUCCUGACCGCCCUGAUUGGAAGGACUGGUACAGUCGUCGUAUUCAAUUCUGCCAAUGGACAAUUCAAUCCAAGCCCGGGCACCCUGUCCUGCGCGAGAUUGUUGUUCGCAUCACUGAGGAGGCCUUGAAGCGCAAGAAGGCAGGCGAGCUGGACAACAUUGCCGACAAGAACGUUGUCGAAUUCACUGGACCUGCGAUUUGGACCGACGCCAUCUUCGACUACUUCAACGACCCUCGAUACUUUAACAUGAAGAACUCUAAGGGGGCUAUUGACUGGCAGAACUUCACGGGUAUGGAGACGUCCAAGAAGGUGGGCGACGUGGUGGUACUCCCCAUCACUAGUUUCAGCCCCGGCGUGCAACAGAUGGGUGCCAAGGAUUACGACGAUCCUAUGGCCUUUGUGAAGCACGACUUUGAGGGUACCUGGAAACCCGAAGAGCUUCGCCACAUUGGCGAGCAAAACGAGGAUGGUUCGCCGAAAUCGAAAUAAGACAACCAUCGAGCCGUACGAAAGUGACGACACACUUUUUCUUCUGGUACAUGUCUCUUGUAAUAUUUGCAUCUCCAGCGGCGUCCUCACCCUCGGUCACGGGUUGGGCAUGUUUCAGAAGUCGCGUUUCGUUUUUUUAUUGACUUUUUCUUUCUUUUUUCGUGGCAUCGGCAAAGAGGAACUACAAAGGAACUGCAUACCCCAGGAAAAAGGGGAAAAGCGUAGAGCUUUGUUUUUGGCAUAGAGUCAGUCUAGUUACAUCAUACCUCGAUCUGGCAUACCGGUGGAGGAGUAGCAGAGAAGGG